CUUCAUAAGGCUAUGAGCCUUUGAAUUAAUUACACUACAGCAUUUCUCUGUAUUUCGAACCUUUCUUUCGGCCAAAUUUUUUUCAAAAUUCAAAAUUUUAGUUUUUUUUAUUAUUAAAUUUAGCUAAAAAGUACAAAUUUAGGAUGUGCAGUCCAUGUUGCGGACCUUUUGAGCCCAGGGGCUGUCGCAGUCGCGAGCUGCGGUGUGGCAUUUUAUACACAUCUUGCGAUUGCGUGAAGCGGAAUGGUUUGCAGGACAAGUGCCCACGAGCUGCAUGCCAAGGUCGCCCGCCUUGCAUGUGCUUCCCGUUCCCCACCUGCGGACCGGCAUCGUUCCCGUUGCGGUAUGCCAAUAUGACGAUGGGUGUCAACAACAAACGCAUGAGGUGUGCAGCGACUGCUGCGACUUGUGCGGGAGGCGGUGGAUUACCGCGUGCUUGUGGCGGCUGUUCUGGCUGUUAAUUUUCAGACCUUUGUAUUACCUGGAUAUCCGAUGCCAUCUUCUCUUUCGCAUCGUUGAAAGCUCACAGCUAUAACAUGAAUGAAGGUCUGCGCAUUGGGUGCUGUCAUAGUCGUUCUCGUCUGCCUGAGUAUUGUU